GCCGAUGCCCUCAUCUUGUAGAAAAGAGGUUAUAAUGCACGUGGCUGUGAUCCUAUGAUCGGGUGUGAUCGUUUUCUAUUCGAUAACGUUUUAUUUUCUAAAUAAGAAGAAAUAAAAUGUCGGCGGGAAACGAGGACGAUGUGAAACUAUUCCAAACGAUUGGCCUGACCGAGCAGAAGGCUAAGGAAACUUUAAAAAAUGCGAAUGUCACAAAGAAUCUCAAACUCGCGAUAGAUGAGGCUAACAAAAAGGGUCCUAUUUCUCAUGAUGCUGGCAUUUUACUAUAUCAUCUGGCUUCUAAAAUUAAAAAUCAGGUUGCAGAGAAGAUACCAUUUGUUACUAAUUAUGUAGUUGAAAAGAAGCUGGAUACUGUGCAGAGAGUUGAUGCUGCAUUGAAUUAUCUAUUGACUAAUGUGAAUAAUGCUUUUAACAUAGAAGAAUUUGAAGAGUUUUGUGGUAUAGGAGUGGUGGUUUCACCUGAACAGAUAGAAGAGGAAGUUGAGAAAAUCAUCAAGGCACAUGAAAAUGAGAUACUGGAAAAGAGGUACCGCUUUAACUCUGGUCCACUCAUGCAAAAAGUACGAAAUAUUUUGAAAUGGGCAGAUGGUAAAAUGGUAAAAAAUGAAUUUGAUGUCCAACUUCUCUAUUUAUUAGGUCCAAAAACUGAAACUGAUCUCAUACCAGUGUCUAAAGUAAAACAGCCAAAGGAUAAGCAAACAAAAGCUGUCAAUAAAUCUGAAAUUGUAAAUGAAGGACAAAAAGCAUCAAAUGGUGAAAAGAUAGAAGCACAAACUAUAAGUGAACUCAUGAAGAAUAAGAUUCACUUUCAUAAACCUGGGGAAAAUUAUAAAACUGAAGGAUAUAUUGUAACACCAAACACACAUCAUCUGUUAGAAGAACACUUGAAAGCUACUGGUGGUAAAGUAAUAACCAGAUUUCCACCUGAGCCUAAUGGAAUUUUACAUAUUGGACAUGCAAAAGCUAUCAACAUCAAUUUCGGAUAUGCUGCUGCAUAUGAUGGAAUAUGUUAUUUGCGAUAUGAUGAUACAAAUCCUGAAAAGGAAGAGGAGAAAUUUUUCGUUGGGAUACGAGAAAUGGUGGAAUGGCUUGGUUACAAACCUGCUAUGAUCACACACUCAUCUGACUACUUCGAGCAACUGUACAAAUGGGCUGUGGAACUUAUAAAGAAAGAUUUAGCCUAUGUUUGUCAUCAAUCCAGCGAAGAAAUAAAAGGUUUCAAUCCACCACCGAGUCCUUGGCGUAACAGGCCAAUCGCAGAGAGCUUACAACUGUUUAAUGAUAUGAAAGAUGGUUUAUUGGAAGAGGGAGAAGCAACUUUACGUUUGAAAGUGACUCUAGAGGAAGGCAAGCAGGAUCCUGUUGCAUAUAGAAUAAAAUAUUCACCGCAUCAUCGAACUGGUGACCAAUGGUGCAUUUAUCCCACUUAUGAUUACACUCAUUGCUUGUGCGACAGCAUUGAAAAUAUCACUCAUUCUCUCUGUACAAAGGAAUUCCAAUCGCGAAGAUCAUCUUAUUAUUGGCUUUGCAACGUUUUGGACGUUUAUUGUCCCGUACAAUGGGAAUACGGACGAUUAAAUGUUAAUUAUACUGUAGUUUCUAAAAGAAAAAUUGCCAAAUUAAUAGAAGAAGGAAUAGUAUCAGAUUGGGAUGAUCCCAGAUUGUUUACAUUGAGUGCACUACGUAGACGUGGAUUUCCACCAGAAGCUAUAAAUAAUUUCUGUGCUCAAAUGGGUGUAACUGGUGCACAAGCGACCGUCGAUCCUGCAGUGUUGGAAGCAAUUGUAAGGGAUGUCCUGAAUCUUACAGCUCCGCGAUUUAUGGUUGUUCUAGAGCCUAUUAAAGUGACUAUAAAAAAUUUCCCUCAAGAUAAAGCCAUAAAAUUGACUGUACCCAAUUUCCCCAACGAACCAGAGAAGGGACAUCAUGAAAUCACAUUCGACGAAAUCCUGUAUAUAGAAGCCUCGGACUUUAAGGAAAUUGAAGAGAAAGGCUUUAGACGCUUGACGCCGAAACAAUCUGUAGGUUUGAAGCACGCAGGCAUUGUAGUAACGUUUGAAAGUAUAGAGAAAGAUGCCGGUGGCAACAUUAUAAACAUAACAGUUAGACAAGAGCCUGUUUCAGAAAACAAUAAACCAAAGGCGUUUAUACAUUGGGUGUCUCAUCCAGUUUUGGCAUCUGUUAGGCUGUAUGAGCGUUUAUUCAAACAUAAAAAUCCUGAAGAUACAAAUGAAAUACCCAAUGGAUUUUUAAGUGAUAUUAACCCUACCAGUAAAAAGGAAGUUGUAGCAUACAUGGAUGAUAGUUUAGCUAAAAUGGUAAAAGUGUAUGAAUAUGAUAAGUUUCAAUUCGAACGUAUAGGUUUCUUUUCAGUCGAUCCUGAUAGCAAGCUUAGCAGGCUUGUUUUUAAUCGCACUGUAACAUUGAAAGAAGAUGCAGGAAAGAUAUAAAUAUAUUUCUAGAAUUUUUUUUCACGAA